AUGUCCCUGGGAAAGGACGAAUCUCUCCGCGACUUCAUAAAACGGUUCAAGAACGUUAUGGCUAGAGUCAGUGGAAUAAGCGACAAAGUAGCCGUAGACGCGCUUCAAAAGACGCUCUGGUACAAGUCGAAGUUCAGGAAGUGGAUAACUCUGGAUAAACCGCGUACGAUUCAAGACGCGCUCCACAAAGCGAUAGACUACAUAAUCAUCGAGGAAGAGACGAAAGUCUUGUCGCAAAAGCAGAGGCUGACGAAGACAUCGUCAAAGGAUCCUGGGUUGGCUGCAAAGCUGCUCGUGGGAGAACUCGCCGAAGUAUCUAGCGGAAAAGACCUCGUCCGCGAUUCAUACCGGUCCCGAAGAAACUAUAAGGCUCCUCAAACGGAGAACUCUCUCCAAGGAAGCCUAUCGGGAGAAAAGCAUGGAAGAAGGCAUGACGAGAAGGGCAACGACAAUAAUAGCUGCAGAGUAAACAUGAUCAUCGAAGGAUCACAAUACUGCUGCGAUACCGUCUCUGCCAUCAAAGCUUGUCAGUGCAAGGCAGAGAUAAGCGCGAAUUCGCUAACAUGGUCCACGCCCGAUGACUUGCCGAAAGGAGCGAUCAUUUUUGUUGAAGAAGACGCUGGCGGGAUCGACCAACCCCACUGCGAUCCACUCGUGAUCGAUCUCGUGAUAAGAGAUCUCGAGGUCGCCAGGGUUCUCAUUGAUACGGGCAGCACGGUCAACGUCAUCUUCCGCGAUACUCUCAAGAGGAUGAACGUCUAG